CAUCUAAACAGUAUUAAUCCAUUCCUGAAAGAGCAGCUGCUCCAUGAUGAGUGAUAACCAUGGGGGGCCGUUUAUGAUAUGUACGAAUGAAGAGGCAGUAAAUGGGAAUCUUGCCUUGGAUGCAGUUCAGUCAGACAAAGUCCUCACUAUUUUGGUGAGCAUGGUUCCCUUAGUGUGUCACAAGGGCCAGGAAGACAGACUGAAGAAAGUCAAUGGAUUGUCGCCCACUGCACAUGGCUUUAACAUCCGAGCGGAUCAGCACUUGGAAUACCACCACUUCUCUGAGCCGGGCUACCUUGGAAAUGGUCCACACUGCUCAAAAACAUGCAGUACGAGUUAUGACUGUGACAGUUAUGAUUACUGUGAUGGGAGGGAAGUAUCUGAAACAGAUGCCAUGCUGCAGGACAGUCGGACACCUGGGGAUGAGGAUACUGAUGCCCUGCUGGAGGGCAGAAAAAAGGUGCCAAAAGAAUCAAGCUUUGCCAUGGGACUCCAAAUACUUGUGCCAUUCUUGUUAGCAGGGUUUGGAACUGUGUCUGCCGGAAUGGUUCUGGACAUUGUACAGCAUUGGGAAGUGUUUAAAAAUCUCACAGAAGUUUUUAUCUUGGUUCCUGCACUGCUUGGUCUUAAAGGAAACCUGGAAAUGACUCUAGCCUCUAGGCUCUCAACUGCAGUUAAUGUUGGGAAGAUGGAUUCUCCUAUUGAGAAGUGGAAUCUGAUCAUUGGAAAUCUGGCGUUAAAACAGGUACAAGCAACAGUGGUUGGAUUUUUGGCUGCUGUUGCAGCAGUUAUUUUAGGCUGGAUUCCAGAGGGUAAAUACCGUCUGGACCAUGCAAUACUGCUCUGUUCUAGUAGCGUAGCGACUGCUUUUAUCGCAUCACUUUUUCAAGGUAUAAUUAUGGUAGGAGUAAUUGUUGGAUCAAAGAAAACUGGGAUAAACCCGGACAAUGUUGCUACUCCCAUUGCUGCUAGUUUUGGGGAUCUCAUCACCCUUGCUAUAUUGGCAUGGAUAAGCCAAGGUCUUUACAGCUGCAUUGAUUCAUAUUCAUUUGUGUCACCGCUGGUUGGUGCUUUCUUCUUGGCUCUAACUCCAAUAUGGAUUGUAGUAGCAUCCAAACACCCGGCAACAAGAAUUGUCCUGCACUCUGGCUGGGAGCCAGUCAUCACUGCAAUGCUUAUUAGCAGUGUUGGCGGCCUUAUACUAGACACAACUGUUUCCGACCCAAACUUGGUUGGGAUUGUUGUCUACACACCAGUAAUAAAUGGUAUUGGAGGAAAUUUAGUAGCCAUUCAGGCCAGCAGGAUUUCCACCUACCUUCACUUACACAGCAUUCCUGGGGAACUGUCAGAAGAUGCAAAGGGGUGUUACCAUCCUUGUAGGACCUUUUGUGGAGCAGGACCAAAUAGGAAGUCGGCUCAAGUUCUCCUUUCCCUCGUCAUCCCCGGACACUUAAUUUUUUUAUACACCAUUUAUUUAAUGAAGAGUGGUCACACGUCCCUGACUCCCAUCUUCAUUGUGGUUUAUUUAUUUGCAGCUCUAUUACAGGUAUUUUCUCUGCUUUGCAUCGCAGACUGGAUGGUGCAUCACAUCUGGAGGAAGGGGAAGGACCCAGACAGUUUUUCCAUUCCUUACCUCACAGCUUUGGGAGACCUUUUAGGAACUGCUUUGCUUGCUGUUGGCUUCCAUAUUCUGUGGCUUAUCGGGGAUAGAGAUGGAGAUGUUGGAGACUAGCCCAAGGUUUGAAAAUCCAGCUGCCUCUACCUGAUUCUGGGAAACAUUUCUAAAAGUAACUGGGGUAAAAAGAUUUCCACAGGAUCCAGUUAAACAAGAAAACAAUCGUUUUUUAUUCUGGGUUUUAAAACUGUGAACGUUUAAAUUUUCUACAAAUUUCAAAUGAUCAGUAGUAUACAAUUUCCCUUAUCAGUAGGUGGGGGCUCUGCUACAAGCACUUUACAUUUUAUGUAUGCAUGUUCUAUGGCUUUAUUUUUGAGUUUUAUUUAACCUACAGAGCUGAUUCCAAGGCGUUGUCUAUUCUCGUGGGCCAGGUGGACAUCAUGCUGAUGUUCUAGCUAAAUUGUUGGUAUCCACGAUAAGGUUCCUAAAUUUAUUUUUACAUAUAUGACAUUCAUUUUCUGUUUUGAACUUUGCAUUCAGUAAUGUAUUACACAAUUAUUCUUAUUUAGGGAGAUUUCUGGAUAUUUUAACAUAAAAUGAAUUGCUAAAGUUCAUACUAACUUAACAAUUUAUUGUACAGGUUAGCAUUACUGAAGGAAUGUUAAAGCUGAACUCCAGCCAAAUAAAUAGUAGAAAUACAUAAAUGUGGGCUGUCAUACCUGCCAAAGCAUCUGUAAUUUGGCUACUUUUGUGAUCAUCUUUCUUACCCAAGCCAGGCAGAAUAGCU